AUGGCUCUGGCAUCAGACAGCGCCCAGUUUUUACUACACAGGAUUGAUCUAGCCAAUGACGGCCUCCCCUCAUACUAUCCAAACCACCCAAAGCCAAUCUUCAGGAAGAUUAGCGAAACCCAGGGCCUAUCAAUGGCUGUCAAGACACUUCCAACACAUGGUAUGAAACAGAUCAUUUUGAGCGUUUAUAUUGACAGAUUUCCUAGCCAAUGUUUGAAAGGCAUGCUCAGCUUGGCUCAUGUAAACUUGACGAGAACCCAUGAAACUCUUCAAACUGAAGAAAACGGACAGAAGGUUAUCAGGACAACCUAUAAGGAGCAUUGCAAAGGACCAGUCUUUCUACUGACUUUUGGGGUUGCUUACUGCAACGGUUCAGUGAGUCUGAGGAUCUCCUGGGAACAAUCACAACAAAUAUGCCAUCUAACCCUAACCCUUGCCGCCUGCAAUGCUGCUAAUUAUGAACCGUUGGCAAGGAGUGCUCAAGAACAUCGAGGACUUGGACCGGCUCAAGAGAACCCUGGACCCGCUUUUAGGAUACAGAACAAGAUCACAUCCCAAGCCCAACCAACUCAUCCACUCAUCUGA